AUGACGGAUUCAAAGAAACCGCAAGAACAGACACAAUCCCACCCAUUUGAAACUGGGGAUGAAAUUAGUAAAAACUCUAAGGACAAAGAGAAUGAAGAAAAUAAGAGUUCUUUUGAAGCCAUUAUUGAAGCUGGUGCACGAACUGGUAUAACCAUUUUAUCAUUGAAGGAGGAAUGUUUGAUUGCCAUUUAUAUGUGGAUCGUGAAAGAGAUUAUGAACCGUAAAUCUAAUAUGUUCAAUACAUCAGAUGAUCAUGGUUUUUCAAACAAAAAUCUCAAUGCUUCAUGCGAUAAAGAACAUCAUCGUUCUAGCUCUUCUCCCGAAUAUAAUGACACUUUUCAUAAAAGAUUUACUGCCAUUAAAGAUUUGACUGAAAACUUGAUAGGCAAAACAGUGUCGGUCAGAGGCGCAGUAACGUACUCUUCUGGGAUAAAGUUAUAUGCAUCAGAAGUCACUUUUACGUGUGCGGAGUGUAACGUAUGUCAGACAUUAGAAUUUAGUGGAGGAAAAUAUUAUUUUCCAUUCAAAUGUAAAACUUGGGGAUGUAAAAGCAAAGAGUUCACUCCCAUAUUAAAAUAUAAUGAGGAAACAAAUAAAAAAGAAUUUGCUGAUUGGCAAAUAAUUAGGCUUCAAGAAGUAUGGGAUGGUUAUGGUGAAGCUGCAGCACUUCCAAUGAUCAUUGAUUGCGAAUUACGUGACGAAUUGGUAGAUACUGCCAAACCAGGUGACUUUGUUUCUGUUACUGGUAAACUUGAAGUCCAUGAAAUUCCAGUUAAUGAAAAAGCGAAAGGUUCUAUGAUGCACAAUCUUUAUAUUGGUGUUACUGAGAUUAAGAAAAUCUUGAUCUUUGAAAACUUUUCACGUGACUGUCGCGAAAAUCUUACGAACCCCGAGGACACAUAUUUUUCGCUGACCGAUUUGUUCAAAAUAAAACAUGUCAUUGACUUUCAAUCUGAUGACCUUUUCAAGCGAAUAGUUAAUUCAUUUUGUCCGAAUGUUUACGGACACGAGAUUGUUAAGGCCGGAAUCUUAUUAACUCUAUUUGGUGGAACUGAUGAUAGUGCAAUUAAUGUCUUAAUCGUUGGCGAUCCCGGAACAGAUAAAAGAGACUUUCUCGACGCAGCAAAUAAAGUAGCUCCGCAUACUGUAUUCACACCAAUAACCCAAGCCGGUAACUCUCCUUUAAUGCCGUUAUUGCACCAUGAUAAACGAUCGGGAGACUUAAUUCUUGAAGCUGGAUCAUUUGCAUUGAGCAAUACGGGAAUUUGUCGAAUUGAUGAUUUUGAAAAGAUAACUCAACCUAAUGCUCUUGCGGAAGCAAUGUCUAGACAAACAAUCUCUAGAACUAAAUUGCUAUCAGAAAACCUUAAAAUCGGAAACGCUCUUUUGUCGAAUUUCGACCUUAUUUUCUUAUUGCUGGAUAUUCCAGAUGAAGAAAUGGAUCAUUAUCUCUCUGAGCGCGUUAUGACGGUUCAUUCAGGUGUUUAUUCAGAAGAUAAAUUAGACAAAUCACAGAGAUAUGUUCCUUCACCGAGUAACAUAAACAUAAGUCAUUUAGUUGGUAUCCUGCCAUUAUCUAAACGAUUAAAGAUUAGCACAGAGGACAAAGAUAUGACUGUGCUACCUCUAUCACUUUUACAAAAAUAUAUUGCAUAUGCGCGUAAGUAUGUUCACCCACGUCUUUCACAAGAAGCACGAGAAAUGAUCAAGACAUUCUUUGUGAAUAUGCGACAUAAAUAUCAAUUUGUGGAUGGAACGCAAAUAACAAUCCGACAAUUAGAAACAAUGGUACGAUUAUCGCAAGCCAGGGCCCGAAUGGAAUUGAGGGACAUUGUAAUUAGUGAAGAUGUUGAAGAUGUUGCAGAAAUAAUGGAGUUUUGUCUUUUUAGAAUUCAAAAAGAUGAUUUUGGAAAUAUUCGAACUAAAGCAAAGACAAAAGCUGUUAUGAGAUCUGGAAAGCAGGCAGAAGCAAAGAGAUUUUUAAACGAGCUUCAAAGACUUGGAAACGUAAAAGGAAACUACGUAUUUACGAUUCAAGACAUGCAACAAAUUGCCACAGGUAAUUAUACUAUAAAUGUAUAA